AUGGGAAGGGCACCGGUUACCAAGGUGAGCCGCUCCUUCAGUCCCCAUUCCCUCACAUCGAAACGUGCUCCAUCAUGUCGACUGGCUGGACGACUUUCGAUCCUAGCCGGGGAAUCAGCGACUUUUCAAGGUUUGCCUUCCUGGAUUGCAGGGAAAAAGAUGUUCAGCUGGGACAACAUGUUCUUCAACCUUGUCUUCGGCGCCGAACUCCUUCUCAACCCGUUCUGUCUCAUCCUGUUCGUACUGGCUCUUUGCUCCGUUUGCCGGAAAUCCGACUACCAUCUUCCCAUUUUCGAUGUGAGACCUCGCUUUGGAGCCAAAAAGUCUUUGUCCUUUUAGCAACUCCAGAGAAUCGCUGCCUACUACAUUCUUGUCAGCAACUUCAUUUCGAACUUUUGCAACGCCUACACGCUUCUUUUUCGAGGGUAAUCGGGAAACCAACUCAAAAACUAACCUCAAACCAAGACUUGCUCCGAAAUUCGCCGGCUUCUCCCGUAGCUAUCCGUUCUUGCUGAUUUUCAUCGCGUAUUGGCGAACUAUCCAAGCCAUCGAGUACAACUUCCACGAUUGCUACCGGAAUAUGUGAGUCUUCACCUGAAGAUAAAUAACAAGGAGAAUUCAGCGUUUUCUCGCACUGCUUCUGCCUUCUGACCUUCAUAAUCUGCGUUGGAUGGACGGCUUUGUGGAGUCCGAUUCACGACGCCUACGACUUCUCGGAUAGUUAUUUGAUCCCGGGUCCCAACUUUGAGCUCCAGCCUUCUCGGCCGCUUAGCCAUGUCGAGGUCGACUUCCUUUACAUUUUUCUUUGACAAAAGCUUUACAAAAAUAAAAGGUCUUUAUUUCAACCCAAAAGUCGGCGUUCAGCAAAAUAAAAAACUUGAAUUACUUCUCUCAAAGAAUGAAAAAGAUGUCACCUAGUCAUCUUUGGGUUACCUUCAUAAGAUCUUUUCAGCCAAACUACUUUCUCGACUGUUUCAUGCCGCUCUGCGCUUUGGGGUUCAACAUCUACGUGAUAACCGCCAAGCGAAGGACGCGGGCGCAGAUUGGAGUGAAAGUCUUCAGAAGAUUCUUCUUCCUCGCCGUGUUCCAAGGGGUGAGAACUUUCCAGGAGGAUCCUUAAUGAACUCAAACUUUAGAUGAACGCUUUGCUGCUCCUGGCCUUCGCCAUCACGGACAAUCCCUUGCAAGUCCAGUGGAUGCACGUCGACCUGACAACGCCGCUUCAAAACGUCCUCAUCUACGCCUUGGUCAUCAGCAUCGGCGACUUCGGCUGCCAACGCCGGAAGAAGUCUGUCUCCGCCGUGGACAACACAGGUGUGAAAAUCUCCAAGCCCGUGACGCCAUCUGGAUUGGAAAUGGCCGUGAGAUCGAGGGACACCUGCGUUGGUGUGGAAAACCCGGCGUUCAUCGAAAUUACCAAGGAAAUCAUCCAGGACCUUGUAAUCCCGCCGAGAAACUCAGAAACGCCUGAUAUCCCUGAGAACGAAAGCGAUCUGAUCGAAGAAGAAGAAAAAGUCAAGUACGAAGAAAAAGAACCACAUGAAGAAAGACUCGAGGAAGAAGAGCCAAAAAACGUUUUAUUGGAACGAAAACUGUCCCUUUCCCGCCAAAGCAUCACUUCGAUGGAAGCAAAGGAUGGAUCUUCAUCGAAAACAACGGAAAGAUGCGAGAAUCGCCCGGCGGAACAUGAACAGUUCUCUUAA